AUGACUGCCACCGAAGAUCCCGACCUCAAGAAAUGGCUCCCCGAUGUGAAACUGACCGUCAAAGUCAACGGAACCCCCAACGACCAACCCAAGAGCCAGGAUGUCUUUGCCCUCUCUCAUCCCAAGAUGGUGUCGCUCAUGCAGUACAUCUACACCGGCGCUAUGCUGCCGACUACAACGAAAAACUACUGUAACCGGAUGCAAAUCGAGGAGACUGCAAUUCCUUCCGAUGUAAAGGAAGCGAUGGCCAAUGUUCUUGUCACUUACUCAAGGAUCAACACCGAGUGUACUGGUUUCAGCCAGAAGACCUGGCCAGACAUAGUCACCCUGGCGGGUAGUAUCUCAGAUUACUGUGAGGAGGCUUGUGGCAAAGGCAACAUAGAUGGCGCCUUCUAUGUUCAGCUGUUGAAGCUGAUUGGGGAGUAUAAUGAUCUGAAGAAGAACAAUGCAGACAAGAAGGAAAUAGAACAGAAGGCCAGUGAUGUGAAGGACUACGUGGAGGAGUUCAAGGACAAACUUAAGGAUUUGAGUGAUCAAAGCACCAAGAUGCGCGAUGCUCUCAACGCCUUUAAAGGCAAAUGCUCUACAAACCAGCAAGACCUCGACAGCGAAGCUGGGAAAGUACAAAAAAUGCUCACUGACAAAAACGGGGCGAUUGCAAAGAUAAGAGACGAAAUUAAAAAGGCACAGAAUGACUUGAGGGCGGCACAGGAAGAGUACAAACACGAUGUCAUUGUGGCUUCUACAACCCCUGCCUAUGCAUGGUGUACAAUCUUCGGUUUUAUUGCUGCCAUCACCACGGCAUCGAUUUACGGAAGUAAGGCAGUCGCGAUGCGGAAAGCUAUUGAAAGAAUCGAGGGCCUCAUCAAAAAAGACGGGGAAAUUCUCAAGGCCGACGUGGCCAUCGAUGGCGACCUGACCCGUAUGAAGGCCGAUCUGCAAACGAUCAUCGACCUGAUCGGGCCUGCCAUCGAGAUCUUAGGUUCACUCAUCACUGUUUGGCAGCAAAUGGGCGACAACUUGACCUCUAUUUCGAAGGAGAUUGACCUCGGGCAGACUAUUCGAGGCGUCACUUUGGAGCGAGCCAAACUAAAUAACGUUGUGACGGGUUGGAAGGAGAUGCAAACAAAGGUCGACACUUUCCGCAAUACCGCGUAUAUCCAAGACACCAAGAAGGUCAUGACGAUCAAAGAAUGGAUGGACAACUCAAAGAAAUGA